AUGACCGCCCUUCAACUUCAAGAUGGUCAAUCAAGAAACAAUAUGAGUGAAGGCGGAUCAUCUUCGGGUUCCCAUGCAACUCUUCUAAGCACACUCAUAGAGCAAAAUGCUAAGCGUAUUGAGCAAAACACCCAAUUACUUGAAAACCAAAGGGAGAUUCGCUUCUUGCUCAAGCAUGAGAGGAAGGAUAAAAGGCAAGUCAUUGGAGUUGUGCUUGUGAUAAUGAAGAAGAUGCAAAAGGACCUUCAGAUGGUGGAGCAAUUAUUUCCUCUUUUGGCACAAUAUGAGAGCAAUGAUCUUAUAUCCAAGGAGAUAGAGCUUGAUGCGGAGGAGGACGGCGACUUAGACACCACCCACGAGGCCUAA